UUACUAACACCUGCCCUGCCGAACUUUCGGUUAUAACUUGGACUACUUUGCUAGUAAAGACUAGGAGAAAAGAUGGUGGCGGGGCAUAUCAGUGGCGGUGGUUGUGCGUGGCGAGACAUGAAGAACUUCGGGCUCAAACUGAUUCUGGGACGGUGGUUCAUGGUGUUUGCUUCACUGCUUAUCAUGUCCGUAUCUGGUGCAACAUAUAUUUUCGGUCUAUAUUCCAAUGUUGUCAAAACAUCUUUGGGAUAUGACCAAACAACUCUCAAUCUUUUAAGCUUUUCCAAGGAUUUGGGUAGCAACGUUGGGAUCAUAUCAGGGCUCAUCUAUGAGGUAACUCCGCCUUGGGUGAUUCUCCUGAUAGGAUCUCUUAUGAAUUUCUUCGGCUAUUUCAUGAUAUGGCUCGCCGUGACCGGCCGCACUUCAAAGCCCCAAGUGUGGAAAAUGUGCGUUUACUUUUGCUUGGGUGCAAAUUCCCAGGCUUUUGCCAAUACCGGAGCUCUGGUCACUUGUGUCAAGAACUUCCCGGAGAGCAGGGGAAGUGUUUUAGGCCUUUUGAAAUCUUACGUCGGUUUAAGUGGUGCGAUAUUGACUCAGUUGUACCACGCUUUCUUUGGUGACGACUCUUCGGCUCUUAUCUUGUUUAUUGCUUGGUUACCCGCUGCAGUUUCCGUUGUGUUUCUUCGGACGAUUCGAAUCAUAAAGAUCCAUCGGCGGCAAACGAAUGAGCUAAGGGUUUUUUAUAACAUCUUCUUCAUUUCUCUUGGCCUUGCUGGUUUCCUUAUGAUUUUAAUCAUCAGUCAAAACAGUUUUAGUUUCCACAGGAUUGAGUAUAUCGGAAGUGCUUCGAUUGUCACUGUUUUGCUGUUCUUCCCACUCGCCGUCGUUGUCAGAGAGGACUUCAAGAUUUGGAAAACAAAUAAACAAGCUUUAACUGAUUCUUCUCAGGUGAAUUUAGUGACGGAAAAUCCACCGGCGCCACCGCAAAUAGUGACGGAGAAACAUGUUGGUUGUUUCGAAAACGUUUUCAAGCCACCAGACAGGGGUGAAGACCACACGAUAUUACAAGCGCUUUUCAGCAUCGACAUGUUGGUCAUCUUCACCGCCACCACAUGCGGCGUCGGAGGAACAUUGACGGCGAUCGACAACUUGGGACAGAUCGGAAACUCGUUAGGCUACCCAAGUCGUAGCAUAACCACCUUCGUUUCACUCGUGAGCAUAUGGAAUUACCUCGGGCGAGCAGUCGCGGGUUUUGCUUCCGAAUACUUAUUAACAAAAUACAAGAUGCCGAGGCCGUUGUUGUUCACCAUCGUCAUCCUCUUCUCUUGCGUCGGACAUGUUUUAAUCGCCUUUGCAGUCCCGAACUCACUUUACUUCGCCUCCGUCAUUACCGGAUUCUGUUUCGGAGCACAAUGGCCGUUAAUGUACGCCAUAAUCUCUGAAAUCUUCGGCCUUAAAUACUACUCCACAUUGUUCAACUUCGGAUCGGUGGCCAGUCCCGUCGGUUCUUACAUUCUAAACGUGAAAGUGGCCGGACAUUUAUACGAUGUAGAAGCUUUGAAACAAAUGGAAGCUUCGGGUCGUACGAGGAAACCAGGGGAGGACUUGAGAUGCAGUGGAGGGCAUUGUUAUAGAAAGGCUUUCCUUGUAAUCACAGCCACCACGUUGUUUGGAUUCCUUGUUUCUUGUAUUUUGGUUUUCAGGACCAGAAAGUUCUACAAAAGUGACAUUUACAAGAGAUUCAGGGAUGACCCUCAGGCUGCUGCUCAAACAGAGACGGGUUCAACUUCUACUUCAAAUCAACCUCAAUCCAUGGCUGCCACAAUUGCCUCACCCAACUAUCUAAAAGUUAGCUCAGACUGUCUCGUUGUCGAAUCCAUGGACGGAUCGACAGGACGGCAGGACAGUCCCCUUUUAAAAUUUUAAAUUCUCAUACAUGUAAUAAAAGAAAAAAAAUUCUUAUAUAAUUUAUUUUUAUA